AGGUCCAUGCCCAGGAUCCAAACCAACGAAACCGUGGGCUGCCAAAGCAGAGCACGUGAACUUAACCACUCAGCCACGGGGCCCUUUGUUUAUGUUUGAUGUGAGGAGAGCUGAGGUCAAAACAUGGUCAUAUGCACCCAGCCAAGACUCAGCACCUUCUGGGCUUCCAGGAUGGGAGUGGUGAGCACUCCUGGCCUCAUACUCCAGUCAUCUUGUAUGUGGAAUCUAGACUCCUCAACUGACCAAUGCUGUAAUCCAGGCAAGUGGCCAGAACUCUCUAAAUUUCUGCUCCUGAUCUGUAAAAUGGGGUUAAUUAUCAGACAAUUUUAAGAAUUGAAUGAGGUGAUUUCUACAAAGCGCCUGACACACGCAUAGCAAUUAUAAGGGCUGUCUUCCAGAUGUGAAGAGCUCUGUUUUAGGCAACCUCAAACCAACAUUGCACCAACUCAGCUUCUGUCUUCUGAAUCUGUCCCCAGAGUCCACCUGAACUGAUCGGCUCACAUCCAGAGUCCCCAGCCCUGCAUCCUCCCUCGCGGCUCCUCCGCAAAGUCCAAGUGCCGGGCUGCCGUGGGUGGGGGCAGGGAACCCCUGGCCUGCACCAGUCUGGGAGUCUCCUCUCUGCGUCUGCAUACGCUGUAAUAUCUGGGCUUUCAGAGCACAUCUCAGCCUUUGUCCAGCCCUCUCGGGUAUAUUUGGCCUCUCCCCUCUCUAACAUUUUCUACUUACUUUUACACCUGGACUGCCUGGAGUAGUCUGAGUCCUGAACAUAGCUUAUUUGGUCUAGAAUUUCCAGAGGACUCUAGAGCCUCAGAAGCCCUAGAAUCUGGAACUCCAGGCUGGGGUCACCCAGCGGACACUCACAGGGCCCCUACAAGGAAAUUAAUUGCCUUGGCUGAAUGCUGGGCCUCUGGAAGCCUUUGUAACAGUGUUUAUCAGGGAUCUGGGUCCUUCCUGAGAUGAGGAAAUCAGGAGCUGAAUCAACGCCACCUACUAUUCCCAAACCAAACCUCGUUCCUAAGGAUUUCCCAGGCCAAGCCAACAUCAGUCUGAGAUCCCCUGGACGGUGAGGAAAAUGUAGGGUGUGAUAGAGGACUAGGAGCCUCUGGAAAGGACUCAGCCCCAACAGUGGCAGCCGGGAUUCUAGGGGGUGUGGUGACUCUCUCCCUGAACAUUUCAGUAGAUACAGACAUUGAGCAUGUCACUUGGAUUGCUUCCCAAAAAGCUCUUGCUUUAGCCUACCCAAAUGGAGCCGUUAUCAUUAUGGACAAAAGCUACCAGGACCGAUUAAACAUCAGCUGGAACUACUUAUCUAUCAGUAAUCUGAUGCUGAAAGAUGCUGGACCCUACCACGCCCAGAUAAACCGAAGGAAUUCUGGAGUCACCAUGGAUGAGGAAUUCACCCUGCAAAUCUAUGAGCGGCUACAGGAGCCCCGAGUCACCGUGCAGACCAUGAACGUGUCUGAGAACGCCUCCUGUAACAUCACCCUGACAUGCUCUGUGGAGGGGGCAGAGAAAGCUGUUCAGUACAGCUGGACCCCAAGGGACCCCCAUGCUUCUGAAUCCUCUUGGGGCUCCACUCUCACCAUCUCCUGGACACCUUGUGACCCAGACCUGCAGUACACGUGCACAGCCAAGAACCCAGUCAGUCAGAGCAGCUCCCGCCCUGUCGACUUAAGAACCUGGCAGAUCUGUAUAGAUCCAGGAGCCUCCAGAGGAGGAUCAGUAGGGGAGACGGUGGUGGGGAUCCUGGGGGAGUCAGUCACCCUACCCCUGGCUCUCCCGGCCAGUCAGGACAUAGAGAACGUUGUCUGGAUGUUUAACACGUCUGUUAUCAGCAAAGAGUGGGGAGAAGCAGCAAAAGCAGAUCCCGAGAAGAACACAGCAUGGGUCAGCCAGGACUACUCCCUGAAGAUUGGCCAGCUGCGGAUGGAGGACGCUGGCCCCUACCACGCCUACAUAUGUUCAAAGGCUUCUGGAGUGAUCAGCAUGAAGCAUGUCACCCUGCUCAUCUACCGAAGGCUGAAGAAGCCCAAAGUCACCUGGAGCCUUGGGCCCACGGAGGACGGCAUCUGCAGGGUCAGCCUGACGUGCUCGGUGGAGGACAAUGGACACAACGUGACCUAUAGAUGGACCCCCCUGCAGAAAGGAGCUGUUGUAUCCCAAGGGGGAUCUCACCUCAGUGUCUCCUGGAGAAGGGGUGAAAAUCAUCCCAACUUCACGUGCACAGCCAGCAACCCCGUCAGCAACAGCUCCGGGCAGUUUCUUCCUGGGGACAUCUGUCCAGGGCCUGAGAGAAGCAGCAGGCUUUGGGUUGGGCUCUCCUUGACGGUUUCCAUCAUUUUGUGCUUUGGGAUCUCUGGCUAUUGCAUUCGGAAGCAAGGAAGACGGUGUUCAGCCCCAGCCUUCAGUUCCAGCCAAGUUGAGGCCUCAGCUGACACAUCAGGAUCCACUGCUGGCCGCACAAUAUAUUCCAUGCUUUCCCCAGGAUAUGAGAUGAUGGACACUCUCCCUAAGACUUCCAGGCAACAGGGUAGGCCCACUUCUGAGAGCAGCUCUGACAGCAAUGGGACAACUGAUGAGGAUGAGGAGAAGAAUGAAAUGUACCGGCCUGUCAAUAAAAGAGAUCAGGUGUAUGACUCGGUCACUCAGGAGGACACUGAACAUGACUCAGCCUCUGAGGGGCAAGCAGAGUAUGAUCUUGUCACUCCAGAUGAUGUGCAACCUGAGCCUGUGGUUGACGGGAACACGGUGUAUAUGGAAGUGUUCCUCAACUCGCAGGGAGAGACCCCAGUUCCUUUGAAGAAGGACAGCUCAGACACAAUCUACAGCCAGAUACAGAAAUCUCAGACGGUGGUGCCACCAACACAACAGAACAAUUUUGACUCUCCUGAAAUCUCCACCUAUGAAAAUUUGACCUGAAAAGAAAAGCAGGUGUUGCCUCUCUUCCUGGGGUUGGAUAAGCAGCUGGACCUCAUGGGACCUGGGGCUCCUGCAGACAGAAGCACUUGAGAAUUUCC